AGCAGACUUUUGUUCAACAUCUGCGUGAAGUGCAUUAUGGAUCUUUUCCUGAAAUACGUAAGAUGGAUACACGUUUUGCCUACGUGCCUGUACAUUUGGAGUAUAUCGUUGCUGAAGUACUAAAGAAUGCUUGCAGAGCUACGGUUGAGCUGAGCCAAAAGGUCGACAGGAAGGAUCAUCCUGCAAUUGAAGUUACUAUAUCGCGUGGGAAGAGUAAUAUUGGAAUUAGAGUGAGAAAUCAAGGGGGCGCCAUCAAUUCCUAUACUACUGCCAAGCAAGAGAACUAUUAUUGGGGUCUGUUACCACUAUGA